AUGUCGCCGUGUGCAUCACAGAGACGGGGUAUAAUCGAACCCUUUGGAAGCUACACGCCCUUCGCGGAGCCUGCGUGGUAUAAUGCUUUGGCAUCCCCGUAUUACAAUGAUAGUCAUCGAGCGUUGAGAAAUUACGUGCGUGAUUACAUUGAAAAAAAUGUGGAACCGUACGCAGAGCAAUGGGAGGAGGAUGGAAAUGUUCCCAAAGAAGACAGUGUCAAAUUUAUCCGCGCCGGGCUCGCUUUCCAAGAUUUACCACCGGAAUACCGGAACGGAGUGCCUCUGCCCUGCAGUAUACCAUACCAUGAAUGGGACAUCUUCCAUUUUAUUGUGUUGAAAGCCGAAAUGGCUAAGAUCUAUGGUGGUGUGCCUACUGGGCUCAGUGGCUCGUCGGCGAUAGGUGCUCCACCUAUAGUGCACUUUGGCACCGAGACACAGAAGGAAAAAUGGUUGCCCGGCAUUUUGACUGGGGAAGUCAGCUUUUGUCUCGCGGCAACAGAGCCCACCGGUGGUUCCGAUCUUGCCAACUUGAAGACGACUGCAGUGAAGGACUCAACAGGAAAGUGGUACAUCGUGAAUGGUCACAAGAAAUGGAUCACUGGUGCGGCACAAGCCACGCACAUGACGACGGCAGUUCGAACUGGUGGUUCCGGACCUGGAGGUGUUUCUGUGCUUGUUAUAGAGACAAAUUCCCCAGGCAUAAGCAUGCGAAAAAUCAAAAACAGCGGCUCCAACGCCUCAAAUAGCCAGUGGGUUACACUAGAAGAUGUGAGAGUUCCAGUAAAGAACUUGAUCGGCCAAGAGAACCACGGUUUUCAAACUCUGAUGACAAAUUUCAACCGAGAGAGACUUAUUAUCUCUGUCAACGCGAAUUCCUUGGCCAGAAUAUGUCUCAAAGACGCCUAUGAGUACGCCAAGGACCGACAUACUUUUGGCAGGCCUUUGAUGUCCCACCAAAUCAUUCGUGCCAAGCUUGCGACGAUCGCAAGGUACUUGGAGGCACACUGGGCAUGGAUCGAGCAGCUGGCCUAUCAUGUUAAGGUGAACAAUGGUGCGAUGGAUGAUUUGUCUGCACGUAUUGCUUUAGCCAAGGUUCAGGGUGGUCGCCUCUUGGAACUGGCAAACCGUGAAGCGCAACAAAUUUUUGGUGGUGCUGGUUAUCAACGUAGUGGUAUCGGUGCUCGCGUAGAACAAAUUAGCCGGGAUUUGAGGAUGCUUGUCGUUGGUGGUGGAAGUGAGGAAAUCUUGACUGAUUUGGCUAUCAGGCAGGAGGAGUCCUGGUCGAAGAAGAGAGCGUCACAAUUGUGA